AUGAAGGAGCUAGAAAAGAUUCCUAAGUUUAAGGAUAUGUCGCUGACGACCAAGUCUAUAAUAGCAGACAUCCAGAAGAAGAUCACGGAUGCUUUUGAGGUGUUUGAUCAUGAAUGCAAUAAAACUGUGGAUGUCAGAGAGAUUGGCACCAUUAUUAGGUCCCUAGGUUGCUGUCCAAGUGAGGGGGAUCUACAUGAUAUGCUUGCAGAGGUGGAAGAAGAAGAACCAACUGGGUUUAUUCGUCUGGAAAAAUUUCUUCCUAUGAUGACAAGAAUAUUAAUGGAAAGAAGAUACCGACCAAUUCCAGAAGACAUUCUUUUACGUGCAUUUGAGGUUUUAGAUCAAAAUAAAUGUGGUCAUCUUACUAAAGAGGAGUUGGUGAAGUAUAUGACUGAAGAAGGUGAGCCUUUUACACAGGAAGAAAUGGAGGAAAUGCUCUCUGCUGCUGUAGAUCCAGAAACAAAUACUGUGCGCUACAAAGAUUAUAUUACAAUGAUGGUUGUGGAUGAAACCUAAGCACUUCUUGCAUAGGUUAUGGAUAUGAACCUUCUA